UAGAAAAAGAGAGAGAGAGGGAAAGAGGCAGAGACAGAGAGAGACAGACAGACAGAGAGAGAAUCAGAGAAAAGGGAAUUCCCAGUGUGCUCUACUGCUGUGAAGAGAGGAAAAGAGGACAGAAACAGGGAAAGAAACACAUUAAUGUUAAUUAAUAUCAGCAUCAAACAGGACAUCACAGUGACGGGUCAGAGCUGCUCAUCUAGCCCCAGCUGUGGGCUUUACGGCUUUCUGACAAGGGCGGGCCAAAAGAACAAAAGAAAGAAAAGAGAAGAACAAACAGAAAGAGAGAGACACAGGUACCUGCCUACUUCUGGAGGGGCCAAAGGUCAAGAUGCCUAAGCAGAAUGGACAGAAGAGCAGAGUUGCCUGAUCACUGAGGAGGAAAUGUGAGAAACGGGGCAAGAGAGAGAGAGAGAGAGAGAGAGAGAGGGAAGGGAGAGUGAGAGAAAGAGGGAGAAAGAAGGAGAGAAAGAGAAGGAGUGAGAGAGAGAUAGAGAGGAAAAGAUUUUUGAAGAAGAACAGAGUGAAGAAAGACAGAAGAGCAUUAUGGGAGUAAAGGGCAGGGCGGCCUUCGCCAUCAUCUUCAUCAUCGUCUUCAUCUGCUCUUUGUGGCUCCAUAACAAUGUGAGAAGGAGUGGGAUUAGACUGCUUAACAAGGAUGGUGGUUUGGAGAACUGGGACUACUGCCUGAAGGUUUAUAUUCAGAAUCAACAGUCCCCCAGUCUGUAUGGGAACAACGUCUCAGAAGAGGACAUGGCUCCGUUGGGCUUGUGUCCGGGGCAGAAAUUCCAGGUUGGUGUUUUGCUGAUGCACCUGCAGGCCGCACCUGUCUCAACCGAUGACGUGUUGCUGGAGCCUUACCUGGCCAGCUGGGACGAGCUUAUCAAGUUCAUGGAUUCAUUGGGCCCAUUGGUGGGUUUCAUCUCCCAAGAAAUUGAGGCCAAAACUUCCAUCAUCCGUGAACUUGCCCAAAAAGAGGCAGAAUUAAAAGGGCAAGCGCAAGACAAGGAGGCAACAGCAGAAGAACAAGUUUCAGGCACCUCCAUAUCAAAGGGUGAACCAACUCAUCCCUCAGCUGGAGUGGUAGGAAGGGCUUAUACAUCUGUGCACUCCAUGAUCAAAGAGGAGCUGGCCCAGGGUCUUGUGGACUUCACCCAGCCUCAGGCCUCAGGCUGCAGGACCUUGCUGCGGUUGCAUCGUGCCCUGCUCUGGCUGCAGCUCUUCUUGAGCAGCCUUGCUGAGGAGCAGUCAGAGGCUGGACGAGCCCGGAGCCCUUCUGAACUCUGCCGGGACGCCUACCGUGUGACCCUGGCCCAGCACCACACGUGGUGGGUGAGGAAAGCAGCAGAGAUAGCCUUCGUGGCCAUGCCUGACAGAGCCUUCUUCUACAGGCUGGUGUGCGUGGACACGCAGAAGGAGGCCGCGGCCAUCCUCAACCGUGUGGUCAGGGCCAUACAGAAGGUGUACAACCGAACUCAAAUAGCACUAGAGGAGCACGGCAUGCUGGAGUUACCAUAACCUUAAGUGUGCAGGUGAUGUGGACAUGCUAUUGAUACCAUCAGGAAAUAGAGCAUGCAAGUGGUACUGCAAGCACAUUCAUCAUGCUAACGAUACGAUUCAGCAUGCUAGUUGUACCAAGAACAUCGUGCAUGAUACUCCAUGGAUAUUUUAGUGAUACCAUAAGGAAAAGACAUGCUAAUGAUGCUAAAAGGAAAUAUACCAUGCCAGUAUUACCAUUAGAAAACCUCAGCAUGGUGGUGAUACCAUAAGGAAAUACAGCAGGCUAGCAACACCAGAAGGACACAUAGCAUACUAGUCAUACCAUAAGAGCAUAUGCCAUAGUGAUAUGGGAAGGAAGCACACUAAUGACACCAGAAGGACACGCGGCAUGCUACUCAUACCACAUGGACAUAUGUUAGGCUGGUGAUAACAUCAGAGAAUACAGCAUGCAAGUAAGGCAUGCUACCUACACAACGCUUUUUAGUGAAACUACAAUGAAGCAGCAUGUUAAUAGCACUAGAAGGACAAAAGCCAUGCUGGUGAAGAAAAAGUUUGCAGUGUUGAUGAUAACCUAACCUACGCACGCUAUGCCGAUCAAAACACAAGGAGUCACAGCUUACUAACGAAACAGUAUUUAUGGCUCCUUCUUAUAUAAUUGACUCUUUUAUUUUGUCCUGUGUACAUUAAGCCACGUAACCAUUACAGUUGGACUUUGUUAUACUGUUUUAGAGGCACUGCAGUGUCCUCUUCUUGGGUCCCAAAGGAAUCUGCACCUUGUGUAAAAUUAUUGGGCAUCAAGAGAGGAGAAAAUGAAUUCUCUAGCUGUUCAGAUCACAAUAACAGCAGGUUAAUAAAAAUAGUGGCACAAGCAGCCAUUUUUGCAGUUGUUACCAUAAGCUGGUUAGUUAAGCCAGCUGGUUACAGAAACACUAACUACAAGGAACUACCAACUUUGCAUAAAGUUGAUCAGGAAGCUCUCCUUUUCAAUCACCUAAUAAACCAUCUUCUGACCUUCUUUCUUGUUUAUUUAAUAUUCUAUCCCUUGAUGUGGUGAAAUCAAUUGUUUGGACAUAUGUCAUGUGACAUGAUUACGUCAUAUUAAAUGCAACUGUUUUCCUGCUUUACAUUA